AUGGCUUCAUCACCGGCUUCAUCCGUGGAUGAAGAAGCCAAACCGUCGCACCUUCGUCAUUCAAUAGAACUUCAGGACGAAUAUGGCCUGGAGCGUUUGGAGACUACUGAUGGCUAUGACUUUGUCUCCCCCUUCCAGGGACAUACACGAAACGACCAUAGGGAUAUGAUGCGUAUGGGCAAGGAUCAGGACUCCCAACAUCAAGGGCUGAAAGACGGCGGAGCUGCUGGUCUAUUUUGGUCCUAUUUAUGGACUUUUAUCGGGUUUGGCUUUUGCAUCUGCUCCAUGGCGGAAAUGGCGUCAAUGUUAGUUCAAAAAGCCCGUUGUUUUAUGUACGGCUGGUUUGCUAAAGAUGGAUUCCAAUCAAACAGGGCACCGAUUUCCGGUGGACAGUAUCAUUGGGUCUCUGAAUUUGCCUCUCCGCGAUAUCAAAAAUCUCUGAGUUAUAUCACGGGAUGGAUGUCAGUUCUAGCAUGGCAAGCCGGAGCAGCAGCGGGCCCAUUCUUAGCCGGUACUCUCAUCCAAGGCUUGAUCAUCCUGAACCGCCCUGGCUAUGAGCCAACCCGUUGGCAGGGCGUCCUGCUCGUCUGUGCUAUGGCCGUCUUUGCCUAUCUUAUCAAUGUCUGGUUUGCCCAAGCAAUGCCCAUGAUCCAGAACAUUCUCCUAGUUCUACACAUCUUAGUUUUCCUGGCAGUUAUCAUUGUUCUCUGGGCAUUGGCUCCUCUCAAUUCCGCAGAGACAGUAUUCACCGUGUUUGCUGAUCAUGGGGGAUGGCCGACAAUAGGCCUCAGUCUCAUGGUUGGCCAGAUAACUGCAAUGUAUGGCUCAUUAACAUCCGACGCCGCCGCACACAUGGCAGAGGAAGUCAGAGACGCAUCACGGCACGUUCCACGGGCCAUGGCUUGGGGCUAUUUCAUAAACUGUGCCAUGGGCUUAAUUCUCCUUGUUACCUACCUUUUCGCCCUCCCUUCUGUUAUCGCAGCUAUCAACAAUCCAACAUUAUUUCCCUUUCUAUAUGUCUUCGGAGGUGCCCUACCACCUACGGGCGUUACCAUCCUUGCAAGUAUGAUUCUGAUACUUAUCGUCUCAAGUAACGUUUCUUUCAGCGCCGCAGCAUCACGGCAAACAUUCUCCUUUGCUCGUGACCACGGGCUCCCCUUCGCCAAAUGGCUAGCAGCGGUUCAUGAAACAAAACGUCUACCAGUCAAUUCAAUCCUAGUGACUUGUCUCAUUUCCAGUCUGAUGUCGUUGAUCUACAUCGCAGCCGAUGUCGCCUUCAACGCCAUCAUUUCCCUUUACGCCGGUUCGCUCAUGGCCACCUAUGCGUUUUCUAUCGGGGCCGUUCUCUACCAGCGCGUCUAUCACCCAGAGCGAAUGCCUCCAGCUGCCUGGAGCUUGGGGAAAAGAGGAGGCCCUAUCGUCAAUGCAAUUUCCUGUUUGUACGUUGUUUUUGCUCUCUUUUGGAGCUUCUGGCCCAAUGAAAGCCAUGUUACGGCAAAAAACUUCAAUUGGGGCGUCGUAAUGUAUGUUGUCGUUGCGAUUGCGAGCCUUGUCAUAUACUACAUGAGCGGACGAAAAGUGUAUACGGCACCAGUGAGUACGGUCGUUGGAAGAUAA